AUGGCGCUGGAGACUGGUCAUAUACAGUGUCAUGAAGAAGAAAAUAAAUCAAAGGCACAGGGAAAAACCGUGGAAGAUAAAUCAACAUGUGCAGUUUUGGAUAAUCAAGCGGUAAGUCAAACAGGAACUGAUCAAAAGAGAGAAGAUCAAAAACUGACACAGAGCAACAGGGAAAAUAAAUCAAAGGCACAGGGAAAAACCAUGGAAGAUAAAUCAGCAUGUGCAGUUUUGGAUAAUCAAGGGGUAAGUCAAACAGGAACUGAUCAAAAGAGAGAAGAUCAAAGAUUGAUGCAGAGCAACAGCACUGAAGAUGUAAUGGAAGGUCAGCAGAUUGAAGAGAUGUUUGAUCAUUUAAUUUGUUCCAUAUGCAAGAAUCGAAAGCCAAAGGAAGGAUGGAAAAGAGACUUCUCAUAUGCAGAGCUCUUAGCUGCAACAGACGGAUUUUCUGCAAAAAAUUUCCUGUCUGAAGGUGGACUUGGACCAGUCUUCAGUGGUCAGCUAAAGAAUAUGGUCAAGAUUGCUGUUAAGCAACAUAGAGAUCCAAAAUUCCAAGAAGAGGAGGAAUUCAAGUCAGAAGUGCAUGCAUUCAGCAAGCUUAGACAUAAGAAUGUUGUCAAGCUGCUGGGAUCCUGUUCAGAAGGAAGUCACAGGUUCCUUGUGUAUGAGCAUGCAUGCAAUGGUUCACUGAAUCAACAUCUAUCACAAAACAGAUCAACACCUUUGACUUGGAUGCUGAGGGUGAAAAUAGCACUGGGUGCAUCUAGAGGUUUAAAUUAUCUGCAUCAUAACAACAUAAUUCACAGAGAUGUAAGAUCAACCAACAUUCUUCUGUCACAUGACCAUGAACCUCUGCUGGGAGAUUUUGGGCUUGCAAGACCACCAUUUGAAUCAGACCAAUCCUCAGAGCACAGGGUUGAUGGGACUUUUGGAUACUCAGCUCCGGAAUAUGUAGACAGUGGGAAAGCAUCAACCAAGACAGAUGUUUAUUCCUUUGGUGUGGUUCUAUUGGAGCUCAUCACCGGCCGUGGAACUACAGACAAGACAUUUGAAGGAACAAGUCUAGUGGAAUGGGCAAGACCACUAUUGGAUGAGAGAAAGUACAAAGAGUUGAUUGAUCCUAGAAUUGUUGACUCCCAUGAUGUCCACCAGCUCUCUUGGAUGGUUCAAGUAACAGAAAAAUGCCUUAGCAAGGAUCCUAAGAAAAGAUCAUCCAUGGAUUCAGUAAGUUCCUACCAUUUAGAACUUCUUAACAAGAAAUUUUGA